UCGGGCAGUGCGGUUGGGGCGGUGACGUCGUGGCGCGCCGAGUAUUGGUGUGCGGCAGGCCCUAGAGUGGGACCAGUGCGGCUAGGUUACUCUUCUCGCUAAAGAAAACAUCACUUGAUUUGGGAACACUCAUCUCUUCAUCUACAAAAUCGUCUCUGUGCCCGGGGUUGGAAUUGGAGCCUAGUGACGCCUGCCAUAGUGUGAGGAAGAAGCAGACUGACAAGUGUCCCCCUGACGACGCCAGUUGAAGAAACCACCUCAGAGAAGACGCCUCCUCAUCCUCCGUCUGUGCUCUCGUCUCGUGUUGCAUCAUGGGUGACAAGCGAGGGUUCCUCAAGGGGUUGAACGACCGCCUGACAUGCCGCCAAGUGCUCAACUUCAUGGUGCUGCUGGGCUUCAUGUUCAACUACAUGCUGCGCGUCAACCUCACCAUCGCCAUCGUCGCCAUGGUGGUGCCGGCGAACAAGACGGCGCCCAACGCCACCUCUGUGGACGGCGCCACCAACUCUUCCGCUUUCGACCUUGACCUCAACGCCUCCUUCGCCAACGCCAGCAGCGACGGCGGUGGUGGCCAGCAGCAAACGUACGGACAGUGGCGGAUCGUGUUCGGCAUCAUCGCGGCCACGUACGGGCUGGGCGCGAUCGUGUACCUGGCGCUGGGCUCGGGCGAGCUGCAGCCCUGGAACGCUGGCGCGGGCGCCAGCGCGGGCCCCGAUGGCGACGACGACGAGGAGCAGCACAAGGCCGCCAACGGCACCAACGGCCACCACGCCAACCACGACGAUCAUCCCCCGGAGACCAUUCCCCUGCGCAAGGACGCCAGCCGGUGAGGCGCCACGCCCACGCCCAUCCCCGUCACGACUCGGCAGCGGAGCCGCGUCUUUCACAUUUCCACACGGCGACACCUUCAGGACACAUGGAAGAGUUUGCGGAACAUUUUAGUGUUUUGACUUAGAGAGUGUAGCGGAAUAUUACGAGGCAACCAGGUAACGCCAAGCCACGCUUCGCCUCACCCCGCCACGUCACGCUAAUCAACACCACGUGACUCUACGUUCGUCGACCGCUAGCAAAUCAGCGUUUUAACAUGGUGCCAUCAAUAGGACGAAAUGCUUAAUAUUAGAGAGAUUUUGCGGAGCAUAGCAAAAACCGUUAUGAACAAAACAUGCGACUUUAAUCGAGUAAAUAAAAGUCAUUUAGCAUGUUUUGUUCUAAACGAAAGUAGAAACUCUGAUGGAAAAAUGUGCUGCUAACAAAGAAUUCCAAAACUACCUUAACCUCUUUUGAUAGUCGUUUGUGUGAUUUGAGAUACAAGUAUCAUAUUAAAGCAUGUGUAUAUAGAAUUACGAGUACACUCUGGCACCACAAUUGACAAAAAUUGUGAUCACUUGACUUGUAUCGAACAACACGAGACAAGUAAUCACUAACAAGUUUUGGUGGAGCAGACUUUUCCAUCUAACAGACUAUUUCUCUAACGUACGGUUAGAGAAAUUAAGAAAUGUUCAUAGUGUACACAAAAAAAUGCUUCUUGCGUCGCAAGAACUCUCUAUUUAGACGUGGCCCUCUUACAGAUUGGUGACACCUCUCAACAGUAACGCAUAAUGGUGGGUGAGAAAGUGCCGCAUUCACAGCCUCCAGCGCAGCUGAGCCUUAUCAGCAACCAAAUUCGCGCACUAGUAACUUGAAAUUCCACUCCGGUGGGCUGCCUUCUCUCUUUGCCGAGCAGCGGAAACAGCUUCUCUCCUUCGCGGCCGAAUGCACUAACCCACGGACGUUUUGCCUCGGCACGCUGAUGCUAUUGGUAUUUGUGGCUCCAGUGAAGAAGCUGAUUAGAUAUCUUUUUUCUGGAAACAAGUUAGGUGAACUACUGCUUUGUCAAAAUCAUUUUAUACUUUCAUGAGUAAUCAAAUUAGUUAAAUUUUUUCUGGUUGUAGACGGAUGAACACAUAUGUAUUUAAAAAAAUAAAAAACACUUAUAAAGAUAGCUUGAGCCAGCUCAAUUUUCACGAUUUAACAAAAACUUGCGGCCAUUGAUUACCAUCAAACAAGUAGAGUUGUCUAUUUUUUCAUGCUUGAAGAUUACUCAAUAUAUAAAUGCAGAAUGGUAGGUACUGUUGUUCUGUAAAAAUUAAUUUUUUGCGAGCUCUCAGCUUAUUCACAGGGGUCAAAGAAAAAUAUGAAGAUCUGUGCAAUUGAACUUCUACGGCAAUGAUGGAUCGCAUGGUGGCGACACACAAACUGUGAGGCAUGUAUGUGUUGCUGGUUCCAAACGAAUGUCUGCGGGCCCAGCUUGGGUCAGGUGCGUGUCCGGAGCGGGCUUCUGUACAGCUAAAGGAAAGCACGGACGGCUGGUUGAUUCUGCCGGGAGUUAGUGGUCUCACUUAAUACGACUUCUGCCGGCAUUCGUUUAUGCGGUGUACAAAUACAAACUGCUCUUUAAAAGUUGUAAAACUAGCAGAAACCAUUUCAUCAAUUCUUUUUCAUAUUUCUGCUCCAAUUUUUAAAAUUUAACCCCAGUUCUUUUGGCGAUUAUUCGUUCAUCAACGAUACUUUUGCCUUCGACCAUACUUAAUGGUUACGUUUGGUGGUUAAGUAAAUUAAAGGUGGUUUGAAAUCCUUACGGACCUAAACGGUUCGCCGGAACUGGACACAAUGUGACCAUGUCUGCGUUCUUGUGAGUUUUUUAAAUAUUCAGUAGUUAACUUCCGUGUUUUUCCGGACGUGAUUUAGGCCCAACACACGUUCAGUGACCAUAUUCUAAAGUAAAAAUGUAUCGAUGAUUGCUUUGAGCAUGCGCCAGACUGCGUGACGUCAGCUUGCGAAACAUCAUUACAAGGAUCGUAGUUCAUCAUUGAACGACAUCUUCUCCAGUUACAUCACGUACAAGCAUGAUACAAGACGAAGGGAGCAAAAAAUUGUGUAUCCCCACAGUGUAGUCAUCAUCACAUGACACAUGUGUUUUGAGUGAGACUGUUUUUAAAAGCGGUUUGACAGCUUAUUGCAUUACACCAUUAUUUCAGCAUUAAAGUACCUGAAGUCCGGGUAACUUUGUUUCUAUUGCAGAUUGCUUUGCCCCAAACUAUAUUGAAGACUGACUUGCAUCAUUACUGGUGAGGUUUUGUGGAAUUGCCGUUGUGGACGAUUCUGAAGCAAUUGACUCUUGGCUCGCAUGAUUAAGUCAGUUUUUGCCGUUAACAUUUGUGAAAAUUUUUUCAAAAAAAAGGUGUUUAUUGGAAGUCAUUAUUUCUAAUUUGGGUCACAAUUAUCAAUCACUGAAUUGUUGUUCAGUUAUCUGACUCUGGAAUAAAUUUACCACUUUAGUCACGUCGUUGGUGACAUCUAUAUCCGUGAGGGCGGAGGAAAAAUUAAUUCAUACUAGUCUCAGUAAUUUGCGUGAUAACGCGACAUUUCGAUAACAGGGACAAUCUGUCGAGUUCGAUGAUAUUUUUCUCGCCAGUCGUCUCGAGAACGAAUGAAACUUUCCGUACUUUACAGCGUCUUUAGUAGCAUUCCCUCUGUCAUUGUGCAAUUCUAAACAGAGUUUGCACUCCUACCUAAAAUAACACUCUGGUACUGUUAACAAAAAACCUAAUAAAAAUAGGGAAACAUAAUUCAAUCAGGAGACUCUCGAUUACGCGAAAUUGACGAUAGUGAAUUGUUUUUAUACCAUUCAGAAACAAAACUUCAGAAUGCAGUUUUGAUCCUUUGAGAUCGCAUAUUCGAUCCAGUAUUGUAGGAAAAUUGUAGGACAUUUAUAGCUCAUCAAAAUAUACUUACUGUAUUAAUCAUUGAUAUAAAAUACUCUACCAUGUUGAGUUAUAUAACACUAUAUGUAACCCUAAUUCCAUUUUUAUUGUUCAUUGAGCUUCCCUUCUAUCCAGAUGUUCAUACGAUCGAGUUCCAUUUAAUGAGAGUCUACUGUAUUUUUUGUUUUUUAUACCCAAAUGAAGGUCAAAUGCCAUUCUGAGAGGGGUAGACAUUGUCGUUAAGCACCGCACUGUAUUACCCUACCUCUGCUCGUGUUACGAGCAUCUCCAGUUUCUAGUUGUCGGUCAAGAUUCUUGAACAACAGACGUUCCAAUGCCUGUGGUCGAAGUGGUGGGACGUUCCCUGCUUAGUAUUUAUUUGGGAUGUCUGUCUUGCAAACUUAAUCCGAUUCAUAAUGUUUAAUUUGUGACGAUAAUUGAAUAGAUUGAUUUUUAUUAUGUCAUUAGAGUUCAGGAAAUUCCUUCGGUUCAGGAUCGAGAAGUCGGGCAUUUGAGCGGACCCGACGGUUCACGUUGCUUCGUAUCGACUGUCCAAAGCGAAAUGGGAAACGUUGUAGUAAUGGAGCCGCCAAGUCCAUCGCUCCCGAGCACCUGAUCCCACCCCGAGCUCGAUUUAAUGCUAGCACAAACCUACACAAACGAGAUGGCUUGCUCGUUUACAGUUUUUGAUGUCACAGAAGCAGUGUAUUAAUUAUGAUAAAGCCUUUUAAAAUUGUUUUAAAUUGUCAAACUAAUUUGACAUUAUGUUUGUUUUCAUGCUGUAGCAACGUCAUUAACCUUCAAGCGAUCGCAAUAAAUGCCACCUUUGAAAAUAAAACGGCGCUGCGCGUUGAUGUUUGAACUCAGCAUAGGUCAGGUAUUCUCUGUUUAUAUAUUAAAACAAAAAAGCGAUAACAUCUUUUCCAAGACCCACUCACAUUUGCGCCAAAUUCGCGCAAAAGUAACCAACGUCAUCAGUUUUCGCUCUAGACGGCAUAAACACCGCCACGCGAUCGCGCCUCUUCCAGUUUUUUCUCACGAUAAUGAUGAUAACGUAUGAUUACUUUUUUAAUAUAUUUUUGAAAUAAAAAUGAUGUAACAAUCUUUUUAUGCUAAUUAUUGUUUGAAUUAAAUGAAUUGGUUACUCAGUACCUGCAUUUUGUUGGCGAUUUCAGUGGAUUUUAGUUAUCUAGAUUCCUAAUAUUUUCUAUUCUCGUUUUAUUACAAUAUAUUUAGCUUCCUUCACAAUAUCUCUUCCCAUCUUUACUAUUUUCAGUGUAUUAAAUUUUUACCUUCCUACUUCUUUAGAUUUUUAUUAUGUCAUUAUAUUGUAUGUAUUUGUCAUCAGUAUUUUGGGAAGCCUAAAUAGAAGACUGAUUUGGCAGAUAAUCUUCGUCAGAAAUUUCUUUUCUGAAGAAUAAUUAAAAUUGUUUCAAUAAUAUUUUUUAAUCUACUACAAUGGCCAGUUUAUGUUAAUUAAUAAAUUCUCCAUGUCUAGAUAAAGAGAAGCUGUAAUAUUAAGAAAAGAAAAGGAUGUUAGUCGGCGGCAAAAAUACUGCCCCGCGACUAUGCAUGUGACACUAAAACGCGCCAGCAUUAGAAAGUCAAAUUGAAAAUUCUUUUUAUAUUGUUACUUUGCCGCUGAACUCUGAUUGAGAUGGCUCUGAAAUUUCUAUAGCACUGCUUCUGUGACUUUUUAAGCACUUUUCUCUAAGACCACGUUACAAUAUUACAAUUCACCGUUAAUCUUUCGUACGCGUUCCAUCUAUUUAUUCUUGAACCUUCCAAGGGACUUGAUAAAUUCUUCUACUUUUUCGUGUUCUUCGUUGUAAGUCUUUCAUUGAGAUUGCUUUCUUAUUAAACUCCGUUAGAUGCUAUUAUCGUUUCACUUGCGUUCGUAUCUGUUUCGAUAGUUCAAAAUAUUGAUUCAUUACAAUAAUGAUCAAAAUAUAAGCAGUUAUUUUUUGAUGUGCAUAUUUAAGAGGAUAUUCAGAAUCGUCAAAUGUCUCGAUAACCACAGCGAAGCAAUGUGUCUUUUUAGUUUUCUUGUCAAAUAAUUUUAAUGUAUGAAACUGAAUUGAUGUAGAAAAAUUGCAAUUUCAUUUUUUUUCUUUCAUAUCCUAUGCAUUCGUGGAUCCAUGAUUUAAAAAAAUGAAUGUGCAUUAUAUUCAAUAAUUUACUUUCUGUUUCACAUUUCAAAUUUAUGACAUUUUAUUGUUUUAAAAAAUAGUACGAAAUGUUUAAAACAAGAUAACAUUAUGAUACGAAUUUACUGUAAAAGUAAAAUAUUUCACAGUUGUAAUGGCGUGAUUAUAAGGCGGGCUAAAGAUCCAAACCUCGUUACUAUAUCGAUAAUAAAAUUGUUGGCUUUUAUAUUAAGUUGUUUUGGAAUACUCGUGAUUAGUACUUUAGUGGUAAGGAAUGGGAUUUAUAUACUCAUUAAGGAUAUCUCUGUCAGGGAGAAUAUAUUAUACAAAUGUGUUAAAUUUUUCCUAAUGUUUGUACUAGCUCACGUAAUGGUAUUUUGUAGCUAAAUGUACGAAUAUUAAGUAGCUACAUGUUUGCGUAAAGCAAAACAUAAUUAUUAUUGAUAGAAGCUGGAAGCUAUAAAAUUACUGUUUAAGAUAAUGUAUAAAUAAUUGCAUGAUAAUUUACUUUAAUUUGUUAGUGUACUGCAGUGGAUCUGACGUACCCACCUUAUGUGUACUAGGGUACUAGGGUGUGCUAACUGUAUGACCUCUGUGUUAUGCAAAUGAAAAAUAAUGAUGGAGAACUUGUGCUGAUCCUGCGUAUCCCAUUCCUUUUUGCAUUGAUGAUCCAAAGUCUUGACAUUACUUGUUAUUAUUUUGAGUCUGAAAUCAGAAACAAUAAUUUGCAGCUAAUGAGAAGUUAUCAAGAUAUUCAUAUCUCAGAGGUUUAGUACAUUCACUUAAAAGUUACUCACUUUAUAUGCCAAUAAAACACAAAGAUUCAAGAUUGAAUUCUUGAUUCAGUACUUUGCUUUAACUUUCAUUUAUAUAACGUAUCGUAAUUAAAGUAUUUGGCAUAAUAUAUUUUAAUACCUUAAUCUGUAAAAUAAUAGUGCCAGACUAUUGAUCUGAGAUGUUUUUAUUCUUGUAAUUCUCAAUUUCUGCAAUCGAAAUAAAAUCGGUGAGUGUGGCAGAUGAAUCUCAUGUCUAUGCCGUAGAAUGUCUUCACUUUGCUUGGAGAAAUGCAAGUUUGAUACAUUACUGCAAACAAUUCUCAACUUUAAUGAUAAAUGUUUGACAUGAAAAUUUCUUACAUAGUUAUGUUUAGAUGUUCGAUAGUCGUGAAUAAAUUCCACGAUAUUUUUUUCUUCGUGUAAUUUUUUAUUAACACUUAAGUUGCAAGAAAUAGAUGCACUGCAAUUAGUAUCUGUGGUGGAUUUGUUUAUGUAUUGAUUAUAAAUACCAUUAUAUGUGUAUGCACUGCAUUGUGACCACAGAGCUAUUUAUGAAUCAACAAAUUGCUAUUAUAUUUUUAAAAAAUUAGAGUAGAUUAUUGUCUUUGAGAAUGUGUAUUUUAUUGCUUAUAUAAAGUAAUUUUGUAUUGUUUAAUCUGCGGCAUAGGCAUCAUUAUAAUUAAGUCAGAAGAAAGUAGAAUUUCUGUUUUGAGUUCAAAAUUGUUUUUGCAGUGAGCACAUACUUGCAUGAUUGGUGUUUGGAUACGAGAGAUGUGUAGAAUAGUUCUUAGUUGUAUUGGAACUUGCCAUGACAUCAAUAUGAAUCAAAAUCUUUCUAAAUUAUUUCAUACCCACCUAAUAACAAUGAUCGCAUAACUUUAAAAAGCGGCAUCAAUAAUACUAAAAGGUAAUUAAAAGAUCAUUACUGAAAUGUCAUAUUGUAAAAAUAAGACAUAAGAUAUUUUCAUAGGAACUUGAUAAUCUCCUUACUGUUUCUGAUCAAUGUUGCAAAACGUUUUUGUUACAUAGCCGGUGUGUGCGACCAUUUUGCGUAAGCUUGUGUUGUGCUUAUUCUGCUUAACUCAAAUUGUACAAAGUUAACUUACAUUAGUAUAUGGUAUUUGUUAGUGAAUGUCUGUCUCAUGAGAGCAAUAUACCUGGCAGAGAUUUAGUAAAAAUGAAUGCUGCCUUCACAGUUAAUCAACUAAAGUUUAGAAAUAUUAACACAAAGAAUAUUUUUAAAUUAUCUGUAGUUAUUUAUAAAAAUCCAUGUGCUAAUGCACUAAUUUCUGCCGUUUCUCACAUCUGAUAAAGAUUUUUUUAAGUUUAUUAAACAAAUUAAAUUAAUUGUGAGGGUGACAGCAUUUCAUUUUACCAUUGCACUUAUGAGCACAUUGAAACAUUUUGUUCCUUUAUUUUCAUCCACCUCAUUAUCUAUCACAUUAGAGAUGAGAUGUAACCAUAGGGCAUUUUCUUGAAAAUUGUUUAAUUUUUAUACUCCUGGAGAAACAAAUCUAAACACAACAGAAUAGCUGCAGGUAAAUUAAUAAUGUGGAAUGUUUCUGUUGACUGAAAUAACUGAUUUGCCAUGAGUCUGUGAUUAUAUUUGCUGCUGUUUCAACUGUAUCUGACAUUAAAAGCUGACAGUGCUGGAGCUAGAUAUUUUACAAGUUCAGGAUCUGAGAUUGAAAUGAAGGGCACCACACCAAAAACCGAUAUUAUUAUUUGAAAAGUCAAAAAAAAAAUUAUUAAAUAAUUUUACCACAUUCAUUAAUUCCGGUUUAUUUCUGUAUUUAUGAAUAAUUGCAAAUUGUUUCGGGUAGCUUAGUACUUAAUGUGAUCAUAAAAAAAACUAUUUUUGGAACUUUUAUUCCUGUUUUUGGUUCGAGCUUUCCACCUUUUGGUGCCUGAAAAAAUCGUCCCCUUACUCUCGAUGCUUAGCACUGGCACUGUCUACUAUGUUUGCUCGCUGUGCAAAUUAACUUGCCAGAUAUGCAUUCCAGCGGAGACACAUGAGUCAUGAUUGCGCAUGCUUUGUCAGUGUCUUUUUAAUGUUUUGUAUAGAAUUAGAACUCAAUCUGUAAUAUAUCGUUAUUUUUCCAAUAAAGAUUUUGAAGUUCUUUUCAAAUGUA